AUGUCAACUACAAACGGAUCCACCGCCGUCGUCUUCCCCAAGACCCGGGACGAAUGGCGCGAGGCCUUGGACAAGCUUCCUGCGACUCCUGGAAAAAUACCUGCGUUCUUCUUCGCGCACGGCUCGCCCAUUCUCAUCAGCGACGAGAGUCGAGGCAAGCAGAUGGGCGCAAUGUGGGAGUUUAACGGCCCCAAGGGCCCUCUCGCGGCGUUCUUGAAGGAUUUCGGUCCGAUGCUGCUCAAGAAAUACCAGCCAAAAGGCAUCGUGGUGUUCAGCGCUCACUGGGAUACCAUGGGCGAACGUCUCGUGUCGGACUACGGAGACGAGAAUCCUCUGUUCAUGGACUACUACGGAUUUCCACCGAGCCUAUACCAGCUUCAAUUCAAAUCGCGAGGUGAUUCUGCUCUGUCGCAGCGCGUCGUUGAGGCCUUGAAGAAGGCUGGUAUCCAGGCUCGUACUACUCUGAAGACGGAGCCCCGGGGUAUGGAUGGUCUGGGGAAGAAGAGCCCGGGGUUUGACCACGGCGUAUUCGUGCCGUUUAGGCUCAUGUUUGGCGACGAAUUUAUGGACGUCCCCAUCGUGGAGGUCUCCAUGGAUGGCACACUGGACCCCGAGAAGAACUGGGCACUCGGUGAAGCUGUCCAGGACCUUAGGCGCGAAGGCGUCCUCGUUCUUUCUGGGGGACUGCUGGUUCAUAACCUGCGCGACUGGGAGACGUUUGUCGAGCAUACUGCACCAGAUGUCGUGACAUCCUUCUACCAAGCGAUCUUGAGCGCUGUGGCGAUCAAGGAUCCCGCUCAGCGGAAGAAGGCGAUGCUCGACCUGGUGAACCACCCGGGUUUCCGCCAGGCGCACCCGCACGAGGACCAUUUCAUCCCGCUGUAUGUAGCUGCAGGCGCCGGAGGAAAGGAUGCGGAUGUUAGGAUCCUGGCGGCACAUUACGGCCAGCCGACGUUCGCAUUCGACCCUUGA